AUGGCUUCAAUUCCUGCAGGUCCUGAUUUGAGAAUUGUUAUGAUUGGAAAAACUGGUGUGGGCAAGAGUGCUGUUGGAAACACAAUCCUGGGAGAGAAGCACUUCAAAUCCCGUCCUGCCGCUAAGUCAGUGACUGAGACCUGUGAAAAACGUGUGAUAGUCUGUGGCAAUAGAGUGGUUAGUGUGGUAGACACACCAGGGAUCCUGGACACUGCGAAAUCUGCAGAAUUUAUCAAAAAAGAAAUUGUUAAAUGUGUCAAAGUCUCAAGUCCUGGUCCUCAUGUGUUCCUGCUGGUCCUCCAAGUUGGUCGAUUCACCACUGAAGAGAAAAACUCAGUGGAAGCCCUGCAAGAGCUGUUUGGUUCAGAAGCAAACCAGCACAUGAUCGUGCUGUUUACCCGUGGUGGUGAUCUUGGAGACGAGACCAUACAAGAGUAUGUAUAUGAGGGCAGCCCAGACCUCCAACGAGUCGUCCAGAGAUGUGGAAACAGGUUCCACGUCUUUGACAACACCAAAAGUGACAGAAACCAAGUGAUGCAGCUGAUCAAGAAGAUUGACCACAUGGUUGCUGGAAACAGGGGAACACACUACACAGAUGCCAUGUAUCAAGAAGUUCAGGCCGUUGCAAAAAUACAUAACAUGAGAGAAGAGGACCUGAAUGAUGACAUGCUCACAUUUAGUGGUUCAUUGCUGAGACGUGUCUUAAUUUUCUUCUCAAUACUUGCAAGACAGUAA